AAGGCCAACCAUACUACAUGCAAAUGAUUCUUAGUCAAUACGUGUGUCUAAUAACGCCGGUAAUCUUUUUAAUUCCGUUGCUUACAUACUUUGUGUUGAAUAUUACCGAUGUAGCCGAAGCGACGAGUGCAUUUUACUUAAUUUGCAUCACUGGCAUGGGACUCACAACAUAUUCGGAGUUUUGGAUAAAGCGCACUUCGGCAUUAUCGAUAAUUUAUCGCAUCCAACAAAUUGUUGAUAAUUCGGUGGAAAAAUUCAAGCCAUUUUACAUGCAAAACGAAGUGUUGGCAUACAAAAUUGUUUACUCUUUUCGGAUAUUUGUAUUUUGUUCGGUGUUUGGCGUUGUUAGUUUGCCGUUGUGUAUAUUAAUUAUCCUUUGGGUUACUGGAAAUUACACAGACGAUAUGAGAAUAUUACCAGCAGCAUUACAAUUGCCGAUUGAUGUUGAGCAAUGGCCGGGAUACUUGGUUGGCUAUGGUCUUUGCUAUUUGGCUGCUUACUUUGUUUCGCUAACGAGCGGACUGUACGUUUUUUUCAUUUCGGUUUCGUUGUAUAUUAAAGCUGCCCUCGAUGAAAUUCGCUUUAAAUUGAAAACCAUCAAUCAAAAUCAUCCAAAAUCUGACAUUCGCCUACAACCAAAUGGCAACUGUGAAAUUCAACAGCAGCUCAUUGGCAUAGUGAAGGCUCAUUUAAGUGUUCUUGACUUGUUACGAGAGCUGGACUUUUUUCUGAUUCGAAUAAAGUACUACAUUUUUUCAUUUGGUGCGGCAACAUUGUGUACGGGGUUGUUUCAACUACAGCAGAGCGCAUUGAAUGGAAAUCAGAUGCUUUUUCAACUUUUUGCCGCAUGCUCAUGUGAUAUUUUGGUAUUGUUCAUGUUCUGUCUUGGCGGCGAAAUCAUCAUAGAUGCUUAUGAUGUGUCCAACAGUGUUUAUCAACUCAAUUGGUAUCAAUUCGAUUCAAAUUCAAAGUAUAUGGUCUGGUUUAUGAUUGGACACUCACAAAAACCAUACUACUUUGCUUCGUUUAAAAGCAUCAACUGCUCGUUGGAAACAUUCACUGAAAUCAUACGAAAAGCAGGUGCUGUUUUAGCUAUGCUACAAAGUAUGAAAUGAAAAACGGAGCAAAUAAAAAAUGCUUACAUUAUUUGCGGAUAGUUUUUGCGAAAAUAAAAUAAUCAAUUUAAACAUUUCAAAGAGAA